AUGGAAUUGCCUUCUGACCUGAGAGGUCCACUAACAACUCUUUGUAAUGAUCCGAACACAACUGUUCAGGUCCUCAGUGGAAGUUGCAGACUCAUCCUUGAUGAGAACUUUGGACAAUAUGAAAGCUCUUACGGACGGGUUGACAGUGUCAAGAGCGACCGCGAGCAACUCGAGGAAAAACUCGAGUACCUUGAAAGAAAAUUGAUCUCGGCAGAUUCCGAGAUCGCAGUUCUGUCUACAGAAGCUGGGGUCAUGCAGAGCGACCGCGUGCAACUUGAAGAAAAAAUCAAAAACCUUGAAAGCCAGUUGAACUCGGCAGAUUCCGAGAUCGUUCUGUCUACAGAAGCUCGGGUCAUGCAAAGCGGCCGCGAGCAAAUGGAGGAAAAGAUAAAGUACCUUGAAAGAAAAUUAGACUCUGCAAAUGAUGUCCAAAUGAUGUCCGGGAGUAUAAAAACCUGCUUGAUGCAUAUUCAAAAUCCGGAAUAA